GGAAGAAUAGCUAUUGACGAAGGAGGCGGAGUAUAGUUCUUCUAUAUAGAUGCGGGUGCUCCAGAGGUUCCUUCCUUCAACACUUUCUUGGGUAGCUUUUCUCAUCGCGGAAUGUCCAUAUAUCAACCCCUACCAGAAACGGCACUUUGAGAAAAGCAGGGGUUCUUACCGUUGCUAGACUUACAUUACGCUCUAGUCUAUUGAGGUUACCCGAAUCGUAGCUACUAUGGGGCCAGUAAGAGAUCUAUCCUAAGGUUAUGGCUCCAUGAAGGGACCAUAGUUGUGGGAAUUGGAGCGUCUUCUGUGUUGGACCUACCACCCUUUCGAAUUGGGACCCCAACCAGCUCCUGAGCAUGCCCAAGGACUUGUCUCUCCUCUUUCUUCGUCGCCGCUACGAACGAGUCGUCAAGCGCAUCGUUGAAGUUCAUCAUCCCAAGGCCGCAAUCCCUCUCGCGCAGCUCUUCCUCGACUCUCUCACGGUCUCCGAUUUCGCGAACCUCCCCGAUCCGGAUGAUUUCUUCACCGCCUUCCUCGACCAAGACCACCUCCCACCCCACACCUGGGAUCUCAUCGUCCAAAAGCUCAAUUCUGCUGUUGUCGACUAUGUGCACUAUCUCGAGACCAACAGAUUGGACGACUUGAAGGUCACCUGGCCAGUCAGCCUCCAAAUCGACCCUCCAGCUCAGCUCUCCUGGCUUCGUGGAUACGCCGGCGAAUUCCCCCCCGAGGAAGCGAAAGCAAUGCAAGCCGCAUGGGACUUACGCUACACCGCGGAGCCCUUCGACCCCUCCACCGGCUGUGCAGGCUUCUCCGUCGUCUGUCGCAAAUCUGUGGUCACGUGGUUCGAGUCGCAAUGCCCACACUGGAACGUCUGCUUCGAGGAAAACAUCGAACCAGCCCUGCGCCCCGACGUCUCCCUCGCUCCCACCUCCGAGGCCCUCCGUGCUGCCCACAUCACCCGCUGCGAGGCCCUCUUUCGUCAGAAGAUGGGGAACUACGUCCCGAUGGACCUGACGCGGGGUGACGACCCGUGGUACCCCUUUCCCCGCCCCGGCCACACGAGACGUCCCAACUCGGACAAGCCUGCGCGUCCUCUUGUCGCUGUCGUCACCAAGUCGAAGGAAGCCAGACAGACGGUCCAAGACGCCAAAAUCGACGCGAAAGUGAGCCGAAUCACGAGCACCUGGCGCCCCGUCUUCGAAACCAAGGCCAGAGCGCAGCAGUACCUCAAGGAAUGGAACAAGCGCUUCAAAUCGCGCCGUCCUGCGCCCCCGCCUGCUCUGCCUGUCGCCAAGCCGGAGGACCCCCAGGAGGGCAGCUGGGCCUCGACAGCGUGCUCGGGGGAGAGCCUGCCAAUUGAGGCGUCGUUCAAGACUGCACAGGAGAUGAUGCGGAAUCGGGCGAAGUCUGCUGCGGGUUUGGGGACCCCGAUCCCGGGUCGAGGUGCUCCGGAGGAGGUGAGUGUGAGCUACGGAGUCAAGCUCGGGUCGAAGCCUUGUGAUUCAGGCUUCAUGGAAGCGUAUGUUGGAUCCCGUCUUGGUCGCAUUGAGGAGGCGUAG